AUGUCGACGGCGGCGGCGGCGGUGGCGGCGACCACGGCAACGACCAGCGAUUGCGAAUCGGCUAAACUGGUUAUUGGCCAACGAGUAACAGCUAUGGCCACUGCAAGACAAAGUAUCGAUUAUCUGUUGAAAGAGAUCGAGAAGACACAUAAAAAUCAGUUGGAAGUGAAGAAAUUGAUGCGAUUGGUUAGGAAUGAAAAGGAUGUACUAUUGUUUGAGAUGAAGAAAUACGAACAGCUGUUCCAGACAUACAAUCAAUUGCAAAGUCGAUUGACUCAAUUGGCUAACAAAAACCAAGAACUAUCGCAUCUGAAGCUAUUUAUAUUGUCAACGCUUAGCGAUGUCUAUAAACAACAGAAACCAUCGCAAACUGUUGUUGACACAGACCAAUGUCAACAACAACAACAACAGCUUGUUGUGGUCAAUGAUGGCCAGACUGAUGAUGAUGAUGGCAAACAAAGUCAAGAUAAUAAUAAUAACAAUAACAAGUCUAUGCAAUCCAUUAACGAUUCCAGUGAAUCCAAUCAACAAACUAAUCAAUCAAAAGUUGUUCCUAAAUGUCUGCAAAAGCUUCCGCUAAAACCGAUUAGUCUACCAAAACCAUUGCCAAACACUAUCUAUCCGUCGGAUCCACAGAAGAAAUAUAAUAAUAAUAUUAAUUUUAAUAGUCCACAGAAGAAAUAUAAUAAUAAUAAUAAUAAUUUCAAGUCUAGUCAAGAAAGUGGACAACAAAACCAUAUGAAGCCAAUAAAGAUGAUUAACUUUGUCUAUAAAUCAACACUUAUGGAUACAAACAGUAUUCACGCAAAUCAAGUAUCGAAACAACAACAACAACCAAUCGAUGGUAAUAAAGAUAAUAAUAAUGUUAAUAAAGAAGAUAAUUGUUUGCCUAAUAAUCGACAAUCACCUCAAAAUGAUGGUACAAAAAAUUGUGAGACAAUUGUUAUGCCAUCAACGGUCAGUGAUAAAAUUGAUGGACCACCAGUUGUUCAAAGACCUAGUAGAUGGAAAACAUUGUCAUCGCCAGAACUUUCUGGUAAUGACAAAUGCAAACUUGAUAAUAAUAAUACAGUUAACAGUAAUUAUGUUAUUAAACCAGAUCUACAAAUACACGAUAAAAAUGUUACUAAAGAUACGAAUAAUAAUAAUAAUAGCAAAGAGUUGGCUAAAGAAACUGAAUUAACCAUCACUGAAGAAAUGGAUUAUGAAUUAAGAGAAGAAAAUAUGAAAAAUGAUAAGAAGAAGAAAGUGUCAUCAAAUAAGACAAUUAAUGUUUCCAAUAGUGAUAGAAAAGAGGAGAAAAAUACUAAUAAUAAUAACAAUAAACAUAUUAAGACAUUAAGACAGAGUCUGAUGAAACACGAAGACAACGAAUUGAAAGCUGAUGUCGUCAUCACUGAAAAUCGUAGAAGAGAUCAGUCGUCGUCGUCGGAAAUUAAGGACAAAUUCAGAUCAUCAACAAAAAUGGAUGAAAAAAGUCAACAACAAAAUAAUAGAGAACGAAGAGAAACCAAGAAAACAAAGAGUUAUAGCAAAAGUAGUAGUAGUAGUAGUAAAAGGAAGAGUAGUAGCAAAGAGUCUAAAAAUGAAAGAAAACAUAGAAAUAAAGAUAAAAAUGACACGAAAAAUGAAAACAAGAGGAAGAAGAAGAAGAAGGAGAAGAAGAAGAAAGAGAAGAAGAAGAGGAUUGACUCAGACAAUGACAAAAAGAAAUUAUUAGAUAAUGAGUCCAAAAACAAAACAACUGAAGAUAUUAGAGACUGUGAGAUAAAGCCUGUUUUGCCAACUGUUAUGAUGACUACUACUACUACUACUACUACUACUACUGUAAAGACUGUUGAGGAGGACAAAGACUGUAGUGAUAAAUGUCGACAAAAACAAGAAUCAAUUGUAAAAACUAAAACAAAUAGUGAAUCAAUUGUUGGCGACAAUAAACACAUCAAUAAUGAAACAAUUGAUCAGAAACCUGACGACAAAGCAAGUGUUGUUAGUAUUAGUGGUAACAUUAGUGGUGUCAACAGUAAUGAAGACAACAUUAAAGCUAAAACAGCUACUGUACAGAUGAUUAAUACUGCAAAAGUUGAUGUCCAAUCCAGUGUCAAAUCAAUUGUUAACAAUAGCAAUCAAAAUGAAGACUUACGCCAAAUGGUGCCAAAAACAACAACAACAGAUCCGCUACCGAAUGUCAAGACAACAACAACAACAGCUACUAAGCUAUCAUCAAAAGCCAUCGAUGGCGUCGUCGUUGUGAAUCAAUUGAAAGUUUGCGAAGCAAAUAGUUUUCCAAAUAAGUCUACCGUUAUAUCAUCAACAACAACAACAACAAAGCCAUCAUCAUUGGUAGUGUACAGAAGUGGUAAUAGCAUAGCUGCUGCUGAUAAUAAUGAUGAUAAAUACAAGCCAUCUUCCAGUGUCAUAGUUGUGGCGUCAAAUCGAUUGCAAACUAGUAAUCGAAGAAAAUUUGUGCUAAAAAGAUAA